CCGUGGUAAAGGUCGGGUGACCGUUCGUAAUUUGUUAGUUAUUACGUUUGACAUAUCAGCGUGUUCUGUUAUUUUAUAUACCUUGUUUAUUUAAUGAAAAUAAACAGUUUAUAUAUAAUAUGGCAUAAUGGCAGACCCUGAGGGAUGGUCUUCAACGCAGGACAACGAUUUUUCUAGUUUCCAGUCAAAUGACAGCUUCAAUUUAAACGAAGUGACUGGUAUUGAUGAUCUUAUUACAAAUUGCGAGAGUGAGCUAUUAAAAAAUGAAAAUUUAUUUAGCGAUGACGCUUUAUUGUCGCAAUUGGAGGAGCCUCUGGGCAUGGACACGGACGGAUUGGAUUUUUUAAAUUUUAAUAACAGCGAAGAAUUCAAGGAAUUUCAAGAUUUCAAAGAUCCAAAUCUGAUUAAAUCUCUUUCUAAUGGAAAUAUAAUGUUAAAUCCGACGAUAACAGAAAAUACGCAACAGAUUACGUGUGUAUCGCAACAACAGCCCCAACAGCAACAAAAGCAACCACAACUUCAAGAUAUAACGUCCGUACAAAAUAGGCAACAAACGAUAUCCGUUACACCAGCUCCUACAGUUUUUAGUUCGCAGUACGCUAUUCCACAAAAUGUAAACUUUAGCGUUCAAUCACCUGUCGUGACAAUAGCACCGGUAACACAACCAAGGCAAUUACUUUUACCGGCUAAGCUCAUAAAGUCAGAAUCAGUUGUUUAUUCAAGAGGAUCGCAAGCUGUUAAUUCAACGUCUGUUCCGCAUCAAAUACAUACUUUAGUAAAUACUGCUAAUGGGACAGUUUUAACUACCGGUAUUCCUGUUGUGUUGGACACGGAUAAAGUACAAAUCAAUCGUUUGAAUACAAAUGCACACGUAGGUGUUCCAAGAGUGAAGGAAGUAAAACGAAGUGCUCACAAUGCUAUAGAGCGACGUUACAGAACAUCGAUCAACGAUAAAAUAAUUGAAUUGAAGAAUAUCAUUGUCGGAGUAGAUGCCAAAUUAAAUAAGUCGGCAAUUUUGAGAAAGACAAUUGAUUACAUAAGAUUUCUUCAGAAUUCUAAUGCAAAACUGAAGGCAGAAAAUAUGUCUUUAAAGAUGUCCACGCAGAGACAAAAUUUGCACGAUUUAUUGGUGUGCGGUGAAUUGACGCCACCUAGGUCAGAUUCAAGCGAGCCAUCUUUGUCUCCUGCACCAGCACCAUUAUCUCCACCAUCUCCGUCAUCCAUUAAAGAUGAUCCAGAUGUAUUACAAAACAUUCAUGCAACGCCAGUGCUCACAAAUGGUGGAAUGCGAGAUCAUACCAGACUUACACUUUGCGGGUUGAUGCUAAUCUUUUUAGCGUUCAAUCCUCUAGGCUUUGUUAUAAAUAAUGUUAGAAGCUUCAAAUCUGAUUACGUAAACACCAAAUUGGAUGGCCGUGUAAUCCUUAAUUACCAAGAUCAGUCAGAAUUUGAAAAUCCAAUUUGGAGUAGUGUAUUUUUAUGGCUAACGAAUAUUGUACUUUUGAUUGGCGGAGUUUGCAGAUUGUUACUUUAUGGUGAUCCAAUACUACCAUCCGAUAGUAAAGUAUUUCUUGAACUCCAUCGAUGGAGACGUCAAGCGGAAUUCAAUAUAUCUAAACGUGAAUACAAUCAAGCAUAUCGCGAUUUACAUCAGUGUUUGCAGUACUUCGGUCGACCAUAUCCAUCGUCGCGUACGGAAGCUUGGCUUGCAACUGUCUGGCAAAUUAUAAGGCAACUUCUUCACAAGUUGUGGAUUGGAAAAUGGAUUUUAUACACGCAUAAAUGGUUCUCCGAGAAAACAACACGGCAACAAGCAGAAAUAUCAGCCAUGGAGAUAGCUAUUAUCUAUCAGCAUAUGCUUUGUUUGCGUAUGUCAGAAGGAUCAAAGAACGGAACAUUGUAUCUUGCACUUUCUGCUGUCAAUUAUGCAGAAGUUGCUGGCGAAACAAUGCCGAAACCAUUGUUGGCAGAAAUAUACAUCAAUGCUGCUUUGUGCUUCAAACAGUCGCUUUAUCCAUUUGUUCAUAAAUAUUAUUUUGGAAAAGCACGCAUAUUACUCUCAUCGUGUGCAGUUCCAUCGAAGUUAAAAUGGAGCAUGAGUGACGAAGGCGCCAAGUUUUUAGCAUUCCAGAAAUGGCAGUACGGAGAUCAACCGGACAAUGAAUUUACAUCACAAAGUAGCAAAGCUGAUCCCUUAUCGUAUGCAUCGCGCGCAUACAGAGAUUAUUUAAUUGGGCACUGUUUACGUAUACUAACUGGUACCGCAGGAGAUGCUCACUUGUCUUCGAUAUUGGAAUAUGGACAAACCAUUAUGACUUCUGCCGGAGUAGAUGCUGGUUUUGUAUGCACAGACAAAAUCAGUGUUACACAUUGUGAGGAUGAAAUUGGAUUAUGGUGGGGAGCAGUUAUGUAUGUAGCAGCAUGUUGGAGAUUGAGAGAGGACGAUUCACAAGCAUGGAGUAUCGUUGAAAGUAAAUUCCCUUACGAAAAGAAUUAUCAGCUCUGUAAUCACAAUAAUAGUAUUAGUCCAUUGCCAUACAUUGUACUGAAUGUUCUACAAGCAGCGAAAGCUACGACUAAAUCAGCUUCCAUGCGUUUCAUUGAUCAAGCAGGAAUAUUACUCGAACAAUGUUUAGUUUAUUACAAUUGCAAACAACAAUCGUCACAGAACGUUUUGCUAACCCAAUUGUGGAUUUGUGACUGGUUACUUGACAUGAGAACAACACUUUGGCAAGAAUUAGAUAUCGAUUCGGAAAGACCAAAUACGAGUAUACCUCUGGGAGGUUUCCAACGCGAUUUGGCUUGUUUGAGGCAAUUGUGUCAACAUAUACCAUCUACAUUGGCACGAGUAUUCCUUUACGAAGCCACAGCGCGUAUAAUGGCUGGAGCAACACCAGUGAAAACUCAGGUGUUGUUAGAUCGCAGCUUGCAUCACAGAAAUUCACGUCCUUCCAUAAUUUGUGGAAAAGACCGUUCGCAGGAUCAAUAUAGCGGAGAAAGAGAACACGCGGUAGCUUUGUGCUUGGCAUGUCGACAUUUGCCUGCAUUGUUAUUGGCUUCGCCUGGAGAACGUGCCGGAAUGCUCGCAGAAGCAGCGAAAACUCUCGAAAGAGUGGGCGAUAGAAAAAGACUUCAAGAAUGUUAUAAAUUAAUGCGACAAUUGGGUCCUGCUAUUUCUGUCAACUGAUAUAUCGAAUAAAAAUGUAUCCUUACGUUAACUUGAAAACUGUCGCGCAUUAUGUUACUUUAUUCUAUACUCAGUUUUCUUUUUACUUGCUAUAUAUCAAAGAACACUCAGUCAGUUAUUAAUAUUGGUAUGUAUAUGUUACAGUGAAACACCGAAAUCUGGAGAAUGUCGACUUUCACCGGUGAAUGUCAACAUUCACAUAGUCGCUUAGUGUAUGUCCGAAAUAUUUGCUAAACACCCUUAUUUCUGA